CUGCAAUGAACGUCGGUGGCCUUGGUGAUUUUUUAGAUUCCGAGAAUGAGCGUCCUGAUCAUGGUAGUGUGCUUGAAGCUAUGAACGAUCACCACGCUGAGUUCUUAAGGAGAUUAAGAGAAAGCAUUGACAGGUGAUGUCCUCUAUCUUUAAAGUUGACGGGUUUUGCAGUUAAUGUUUCAAAAUCUUGCACGGGUCGGGAUUGAGACACCAAAAAUUGAAGUAAGAUAUGAGAAUUUAUUAGUUGAAGGAGAUGCUUAUAUCGGUGAUAGAGCUCUUCCCACACUAUAUAAUGCUACCAUCAACUCAAUUGAGAGCACACUCCAAUAUAUCGGGCUCACUCCCUCCAAGAAGAAAAAAAUUAAGAUUCUUCAAUCAAUUAGUGGGAUUAUCAAACCAUCAAGGAUGACACUGCUUCUAGGGCCUCCGGGUGCAGGGAAAACCACAUUGCUGCUAACACUUGCUGCAAAACUUGCUAAUGAUUUGAAAGUAUCUGGAAAUGUCACCUACUGUGGCUACCAACUUUCUGAAUUUAUCCCUCAAAGAACAUGUGCUUAUAUAAGUCCAAAUAAUCUUCAUACUGGGGAGAUGACUGUGAGAGAGACAUUGGAUUUUUCAGGACGAUGCUUGGGUAUCGGGCCAAGAUACAAAUUACUUAGAGAAAUAUUGAAUAUUGAAAAAGUAGGAUCUAAGCCUGGUCCUGAUGCAGAUACAUUCAUGGAUGCAAGUAACGAAACAAAUUUGAUCACCGAUUAUGUUCUUAAGAUACUUGGGCUGGAAACUUGUGCUGAUUCUAUGGUUGGUGAUCAAAUGAGAAGAGGUAUCUCUGGCGGGGAAAAGAAACGUGUCACUAUUGGAGAGAUCUUAGUUGGGCCUGCAAAUGUGUUUUUCAUGGACGAAAUAUCGAAUGGACUGGACAGCUCCACCACUUGUCGUAUCAUCAAGUUCUUAAGACAGAUGGUUCAUGUAAUGGACUUAACAAUGGUCAUCUCUCUUUUGCAACCUGACCCUGAGACAUACAAACUCUUUGAUGAUGUCAUAUUGAUGUCAGAAGGCCAGAUUGUGUAUCAAGGUCCUUGUGAUAAUGUUAUUGAAUUUUUUGAGUUGAUGGGAUUCAAGUGCCCAGAAAGGAAGGGGGUAGCUGACUUCCUUCAAGAGGUAACUUCAAGAAAGGACCAAGAACAAUACUGGUUCAUUAAAGAUCAACCAUACAGAUACAUUACAGUCGGUGAAUUUUCAAGAGCGUUUAAGUCUUUUCACAUCGGACAGAAACUUGAAACAGAUAUUCAUAUUCCUUAUGAUAAAUCCAACACACAUCCAGAUGCUCUGGUUAAAGAAAAGUAUGGAAUAUCUAAUAUUGAACUACUGAAAGCUUGCUUUGAUAGGGAGUGGUUGUUAUCAAAGCGUAACUCGAUGCUUUACAUUUUUAAGACAGUCCAGUUAACAUUUAUGUCACUGAUGGGCAUGGCUGUGUUUUUCAGAACUAAUAUGCAUGCAGGAAACUUGGAAGAUGGCAUGAAGUUUUUUGGUUCACUUUUCUUUGGUCUCGUUAUUAUAAUGUUUAAUGGGAUGUCCGAGCUUGCACUGACAGUUAUGAGGCUUCCAGUUUUCUAUAAACAAAGAGAUUCAUUGUUGUACCCAUCAUGGGCAUUUGCUCUUCCUAUUUGGCUACUUAGAAUACCCUUAUCUUUGAUGGAAUCAGGAAUCUGGGUGAUUCUUACAUAUUACACCAUAGGGUAUGCUCCAGAUGCCACCAGAUUCGGUCGACAAUUCUUGACCUUCUUUGUUGUACAUCAAAUGACUUCAUCUCUUUUUCGAUUGAUUGCUGCUGUUGCCAGAACAGAAGUACUUUCUAACACUUUGGGACCUUUCAUUAUGAUGAUGAUAGUCACCCUUGGAGGAUUUGUAGUCGCUAAGGAUGAUAGCAAGCGAUGGAUAACAUGGGGAUUCUAUACCUCUCCUAUGAUGUAUGCACAGAAUGCUUUGGUUAUAAAUGAGUUUCUUGACAAAAGAUGGAGUACUCCUAAUAUAGAUGUGCGGAUUAAUGCGUCAACCGUAGGGGAAGCCCUUCUCAAAUCACGAAGUUUUUAUACAAAGGAAUAUUGGUUCUGGAUAUGUCUUGGAGUCCUCUUUGGAUUAUCAAUUGUCUUCAACAUAUUAUGCAUCAUAGCUUUAACUUUUUUGAAUCCUUUCGGUGAUGCUAAACCAGUGAUCAGAGAGGAAAAUGAGAUCAAGAACUCUAUCAAUGAUAGAAGAGAAGAUGUUUGUGAAGGUAUUGAUAUGGCUGUGAGAAGCAAUCCAGGAAGAAACAAUCCAAUCGUGGAAAGACGAAUGGUUUUACCAUUUCAACCUCUUACACUUGCUUUCAACCAUGUCAACUAUUAUAUCGAUACACCUUCUGAGAUGAAGGCUAGAGGGAUUAAAGAUAAUCGACUGCAAUUGCUCAAGGAUGUUAGUGGUGCUUUUAGACCGGGGAUAUUGACUGCACUUAUAGGUGUAAGUGGUGCUGGAAAGACAACCUUAAUGGAUGUGUUAGCAGGCCGGAAGACUGGUGGAUACACCGAAGGAAAUAUCUUCAUUUCUGGGUACCCAAAGAAUCAACCAACAUUUGCUCGUGUUAGUGGUUAUUGUGAACAAAAUGAUAUUCACUCGCCGAAUGUGACUGUUUAUGAGUCUCUUUUAUACUCUGCAUGGCUUCGUCUGCCUUCAGAUGUUAAUGCAAGAACACGCAAGAUAUUUGUUGAUGAAUUAAUGGAACUAGUUGAGCUUCAACCAUUGAGGAAUGGUAUAGUUGGGCUUCCGGGAGUAAAUGGUCUUACAAUAGAACAACGGAAGAGGCUGACAGUAGCGGUAGAGUUGGUGGCGAACCCAUCCAUCAUCUUCAUGGAUGAACCAACAUCUGGUCUUGACGCUAGAUCUGCAGCCAUUGUCAUGCGUACUGUAAGAAACACAGUUGACACAGGGAGGACUGUUGUUUGCACAGUUCACCAACCAAGCAUAGACAUUUUUGAAUCUUUUGAUGAGUUACUUUUAAUGAAGAUUGGAGGACAGAUUAUCUAUGCUGGACCAUUGGGGCAUCAAUCUCACAACCUUGUGGAGCAUUUUGAAGCUAUUCCAGGAAUUCCAAAGAUCAAGAAUGGUUAUAAUCCUGCCACAUGGGUAUUGGAAGUGACUUCUUCUUCGGCUGAAAUUCAACUGAAAGUUGACUUUGCUCAGAUUUAUGUCAACUCCACCCUUUAUCAGGUCAAUGAAAACCUAAUUAAGGAGCUUAGUAUCCCUCCAAGUUGUUCAAAGGAUUUAUUUUUCCCAACUAAAUAUGCUCAACCGUUUAUCAUACAAUGCAAAGCCUGCUUGUGGAAACAACAUUGGUCGUACUGGAGGAACCCACAAUAUAAUGUGUUUCGCUUCAUCACCACCAUCGCUAUGGGUGCACUGUUUGCUGCUAUUUUCUCCAAAAAGGGUGAACAGAUACAACAAGUGCAAGAUCUUGUGGAUUUGGCCGGAGCUCUAUAUGCUGUCGUUCUCUUCCUUGGAUCUAUGAAUGAAAAUACCGUGCAACCUAUUGUUGCUGUAGAGAGAAUAGUUUUCUACCGGGAAAGGGCUGCUGGGAUGUAUUCAUCAUUACCUUAUGCGCUUGCCCAGGUUACCAUAGAGUCUAUAUACAUAGCGAUUCAGACUACUAUUUAUGCCUUCAUUUUGUACCCGAUGUUUGGAUUCGAGUGGACUGCUGCCAAAUUUUGGUCUUUCUACUACUAUUUGUUUACGAGUUUCAUCUACUUCACUCUAUUUGGCAUGAUGACUAUGGCAUUGACACCAGCACCCGAACUUUCUGCUGUUUUGAUAUAUUUUUUCAGCUGCAUUUGGAACUUGUUCUCUGGUUUCUUAGUCCCAAGACCGAAAAUACCAAUAUGGUGCAGGUGGUAUUACUGGGCAAACCCUCUGAGCUGGUCAGUCUAUGGUCUCUUAACUGGGCAGAUUGGUGAGGACACUUCCAUGGUGGAGGUGCUAGGAGCUGGUAACAUGACGGUUAAAGGAUUCAUCAAAGAGGGUUUGGGUUACGAAUAUGACUUCCUUCCAGUGGUGGCGAUAGCACAUAUCGGUUGGAUCCUUCUUUUUUUCUUUGCUUUCCUCUGCGCCAUGAAGUUCCUUAAUUUUCAGCAUUGAUAAUAUUUAUCUCAUUCCCUUAUUUACAUGUAAUCAAUUUGAUUUUUUUAGCAAAACUUUCCUGAAUAAUUGUAAAACUAAUGGUCAAAGAGAAGUGUUCUGGCCUAUGCCCAUAUCAACCAUAUGAUGAUAACGAGGGAAGUCGUCAUUUAACUUUCGGGCUUCUUGUCUCGUUGAAUGAAAUUGUCAUUGACAUUGCUACAAUCAACUGAAAUUCUGAUGACUUUUUAUAUAUUUGCCAAAGUGUUGUCCUCAUCUCCAGCAAACCUCCCGAUGGAAUCCAAGAAGCUCUAAUACCAUUAUUAAGUGGAAAGAGAAUUGAGAGAAUUCUAGCGAGAAACAAGUAGCUAAAAUCAUAGAUGAUUCUCUCAUUCAAGCUA